CACGUCACCUUACAACUGACUGACCACCAACACGUUCGAUUCUUUGGUUAGGAAGAUAAUCCAAAAUGCUGUUGCAGUUACUCAUAGUUUUCGUCGGCUGCACUACCGUAUUUGCGCAGAGCUUCACACACAAUGAUAUCAUGGGGGCGGUGGAUGCAACAUUCCAUAGACGCGAUCUUAACGGCGACAGCAUACUGGAGUUGUAUGAACUGAUCAACGUCUAUGACUCUCUUGAUACAAAUAAGGACGAUCGAGUGAGUGAAUCUGAAUACGAACAAAGGGGCACCGACAUGUUUCAUCGGUUUCUCGGAAUUGUGUUCCAACAGCUGGACACUGACGGAGACGGUUUCCUGGACAAAGGUGCCGAGUACGGCCAGUACACCAUGAUGGACACCAACUUUGAUAAUCAAGUGAGCCGGAGAGAAUAUGAUGCCUUCUUCACCAAAGUUGUAGAAGACGCAAUAAAGAACUACGGGCACUUGCUGGGUCCUGAUCUGGGAAGUUUCACAACCAGCAGCCCGGGAGGUAAUGGCGGUGCACCUGUCAGUACAUAGGUACUAAACAUCGACAACAGCAGAUACGUGAUUGUGCUGCCUCAAUAAAAAAAAAUGUGAUUUUA